AUGAGUAGCGCCCCCGCGCCGGGCCCGGCGCCCGCUUGCCUUACGCUCUGGGACGAGGAGGACUUCCAGGGUCGCCGCUGCCGGCUACUGAGCGACUGUGCCAACGUCUGUGAGAGGGGAGCCCUGCGCAGGGUGCGCUCAGUCAAGGUGGAAAACGGCGCAUGGGUGGCCUUCGAGUACCCCGACUUCCAGGGACAGCAGUUCAUUCUAGAGAAGGGAGACUAUCCUUGCUGGAGUGCCUGGAGCGGAAGCAGCGGCCACCACAGCAACCAAUUGCUGUCCUUCAGGCCAGUGCUCUGUGCGAACCACAGUGACAGCCGUGUGACACUGUUUGAGGGGGAAAACUUCCAGGGCUGCAAGUUCGAACUCAAUGAUGACUACCCAUCACUGCCUUCCAUGGGCUGGACCAGCAAAGAUGUGGGGUCCCUCAAAGUCAGCUCCGGAGCGUGGGUGGCCUACCAGUACCCUGGCUACCGAGGCUACCAGUAUGUCUUAGAACGGGACCGGCACAGUGGGGAGUUUCGAACCUACAGUGACUUCGGCACACAGGCCCACACUGGGCAGCUGCAGUCCAUCCGGAGAGUCCAGCAUUAGG